AUGUCCUAUGAAUAUUAUUACCAACAACAGCAGCAACAACAGCAGCAGCAGCAACAACAACAACAACAGCCGACAUUUGAUUAUGCAUCAUACUAUGAUAAUCAACAACAACAACACCCACAACCACAAUAUCCAGUAUAUGACCAUACUGCACAAUCAAAUGAUAGUCAACAACAACACUAUGGAAGUUCAUAUGUAGAUCCAACUUAUGCUACUACUUCUACUACACAACAACAACAACAACAACCUUCAAUAUAUGAUUAUAAUACUGGUGGUAAUAGAAAUAGUGGUCAAUAUGAUCAAUAUAAUACAACUAAUACAACUACACCUAACACAACCCAAAAUUAUGAUUAUAGUAAUACUAGUGGUAAUAGAAAUAGUGGUCAAUAUGAUCAAUAUACUACAACUAAUACAACCAGUGCUAAUACUUAUGGUUAUGAUAAUUCUAAAACACAUUCACCAACACCAUCAUCAUAUGAUUAUUCAACAAAUUCAUAUUAUUCACAACAACAACAACAACAACCAACACCAACAGUAGCAGCAACUAAUAAUACCACAAAUACAUCUACAAACUAUGAUUCAUAUUAUCAACCACCAGCUCAAAGAAAUUCAUAUGAUUAUUCACAAACUCAACAACAACAUUCACCAACUUCAUCAUAUGAUUAUUCACAAGUUACAAAUAAUACAGCCACAAACUAUGACUCUUAUUAUCAACAACCAACUACACCAACAUCAACAUCAUCAUCAUCCUCAACAACAACAACAACAACAACAGAUAAUCAAUCUAAAUUUGAAAAAAGUCAAUCACUUAAAAAUAUGGAUCAUUUCAUUAAAGGUACACCAUCAAAUACUCCAUCUGCAACUAUUAAUUCUUGGGAUUAUAAUCAACAACAACCACAACCACAACAACCACAAUCAGUAUAUAAUAAUCCAUCAUCAUCAACCACAAAUACAACUUACAAUAAUCCAUCAACAACAACAACAACAUCAUCACCAACAAAUACAAACACAACUUAUAAUAAUCCAUCAUCAGCCACAAAUACAAAUUAUAAUAAUAGAAAUUCAUGGGGAUAUGAUCAAUCAACUUAUAAUAACUCAUCAUAUAAUAAUAAUACUGAUACAUAUUCAAAUCAAACUCAACAACAAGAAUAUCAAGUACUUUAUGAUAAAAAAUAUCAAGAAGAAGAAGAAAAGAGAAGAAAAGAAUAUGAAGAAUCAUGGAGAGUUUAUUAUGAACAACAAGCAGCUUAUGAGAAAGAACAAGAAAGAAUUAGAAAUGAAGAGAUGGAAAAGAUUAGAAUUAAACAUGAAGAGGAAUCAAAUAGAUUAAAGAAUGAAUUGGAGAAACAAAGAGACGAAAUUCAAAAGAUGAAAGAUCAAUUGGUACAACAACAGAAUGCAUCGAAAAAGAAGGGUGAAGAAGAUCUAAAACAAAUGGAACAAGCUAAACAAGCAGCUUUGCAAUGGCAACAAGAAGAGAUGAAGAGACAGUUGAUAGAGGUUCAAAAAGAGAGAGACCUAAGCAGAAAACAUGAAGAACAAGUACGUUUGGCUCUCUUGGAGGAACAACGUGUGAUCAAAGAGAAGUUGGACGAGAAGCAGCAGCAACUCAUCUCACAGCAACAAGCAUUCCAAUCCAAACUUCAUCAAGAUGAGUGUAGCAGAAAGGUAGAGGAGGAAAAGAAAUGCGAGGAGAUGAAAAAACGUGAAUUCGAGCUACUUGAGAGAAAUAAGGAAUUGGAUGCAUUGAAAUCGAAAUUACAAUCUGAUUUAACCACUUCGUUAAAGAGUAAAGAGGAUUUAGAGAACCAGCGUAAAGCUUUGGAAGAAACAACUUUGAGAGAGAAAAAAGAGAUUCAAAUCUAUAAACAAUCAAUUGAUGAAGAAACUAAAAGAAAGAAACUUGAAAUUGAACAAGCUCGUCAACAAGAAGAAAAGAAAUUAAAAGAACAACAAGAUCACAUUAAUCGUCAAAAAGAAAUGGUCGAUUGUCAACAACGUGAACUAUUAGUACAAAUUAAUCAAUCUAAACAAGCCACAAUCGAUUCAUUACAACCAAUGCGUAAUAUGUUAUCAACUUUAAAUAUUAAUAAUAAAAAUUCACCUGCUUCAAAUAUUGCUUUAAAAAAUAAAGAUGAUCAAAAUAUUAAUGAUAAUUUACCACAACAAAAACCAGUUAUUCCAUCAAGAAAUUCUUCUCAUUUACCAAAAUUAUCACCAACUAUUCAACAACCACAACCACAACAAGAACAACCACCACAACAACAACAACAACAACAACAACAACAACAACAACAACAACAACAACAACAACCUGUUAAAAUUGUUAAAACUUAUACACAAAAAGAAUUGGAUCAAAUUGUUGAUGGUAAUUAUAGAUUUGGUGAUAUUAUUCGUGUUCAAAGAGUAAGUAGAAAAUGGUUAGCAAGAAAGAAGUUUAAGGAUUUAGUUAAAAUGAAACUUUUAUCAAAUGAUCCGGAAACUGAAAAUAUGAGAAAUAGAUUUAAAUCUGUUAAUGAGUUAUAUUCUACUGAAUUAUCAUAUUUAAAUUCAUUAUUAAUUUUAAGAGAUUUUUACUUUAUUCCAAUGGAAGUUGAAGCGAGGGUUACAAAAUUAUUUAAAAGUGAAGAAAUUAAUAAGGUAUUUUCAAAUUUAAAAAGUAUCCUUCAAAUUAGUACAGAGAUUACUCAUCUUUUAGAAGAAAGAUUAUCAGUUUCACCUGUUAAAAUUGGUGAUAUUUUUGUUAAAUUUGCACCAAUUUUUAAAAUUUAUGUGGAAUAUGUAAAUAAUUUUGAUAAAGUAGCACCACAAUUAAAAGCAAUGACAGAGAAUCCACAAUCAAAGAAAUUCUUUUCAGAACAAAGAAAUAAAUCAAGAGUAGCAACUGAUAUUAAUAGUUUAUUAAUUAUGCCAGUUCAACGUUGUCCAAGAUAUGAAUUAUUAUUAAGGGAAAUUUUAAAACACACUCAAGAGGAUCAUGUUGAAUUUAAAAAUAUUAAAAGUGCUUAUGAAUCAAUCAAAGAUAUUAAUAAGUAUAUUAAUGAUAGAAAGAGAAAUGUUGAUAAUAGAGCAAAAUUAUUAGAGUUACAAAAAGAAAUUAAAAAUGCACCAGAAUUAAUUGAAUCUCAUAGAUAUUUUGUUAGAGAGUCACAAUGUAAUAUCUCUGCAAAUAAGAAAAGUGAAAGUGGUGGUUUUUAUUUAUUCUUUUUCAAUGAUAUGGUGUUAGUCACAAAGAAAUCUAGCCUUUUUUCAAAUUAUAAAUACGUUUACACAAUUCCUUUGAAAAAUGCAGACAUUAAAGAUAUUAGUUCAAAUGAUUCAAUGAUACGUAUUAUUGUUGGUUCUCUUGAAUCAAUUGAUGUUUUAAUUUAUACUAUUUCAUUACCUUCCAAAAAAGAUAAGGAAAGUUGGUUACAAGAUUUAAGUGUUGAAUUAAAACCAAAGGGUAUUGAAAUUGGUCAAUAUUCUUCAUCUCAAUUAUUAGAAUCUCAAGUCCAAUUUUCCAACUCAAAAACUAAAUAG